AUGGCCCGCAAACCGCCCCAACCUCUUCAGUCUAUGCUCAGCGCGGACGAGAUUGUGCCGGCGGUCAAGCGUUUAUUAUCAGAGCAAAACUCCAUUCGCGAAAACGUAGCAAAGACCAUCACCCCCUCCGACGCCUGCUUUUCCAACGUCGUCGGCCCAAUCCAGGCAGUCGAUGACAGGACGCAGGGUGAGACGGGGGUGUACGGCAUGCUCCGCUACUCCGGUCCCGACAAGGAGACUCAGAAGGCCGUGGAGGAGGCACAGAGUCUCUGGGGUUCAGCUAGUGCUGAGAGAUUAGAGAUGAAAGAUAUGUAUAAGCUUAUUCAGGCCGUGAAGGAUAAGGGCGAGGAGUUGGACUACGAGAGUAGGAAAGUGUUGGAGGACAUGUGGUUGGAGUAUCGGCGUGCUGGGCAUGGAGUGCUCAGUGAGGAGGGGAUCAAGACGUAUCUCGGAAGACGGGAGAGGAUCGAGGAGUUGAAGAGGGAGUUUCACAAGAAUUUGAGUAAAGGUGGCGGUGGACUGCAGUUUCGGCAGGAGGACUUGGAGGGCGUUCCGGCGCUGAAAAUGGAGAGAUGGAAGGUGGAUGCAGACGGAAUGAGGUUCAUACCGCUGGAAAGGGCGAGUUACGAUGCUAUUCUACGAUAUGCUCACGAUCCUGAGACGAGAAGGAGGAUGUACGUUGCCUACGACAAUCGCCUGGAGGAGAACGUCCCUGUUUAUAAAGAGAUGCUCAUCCUCCGCGACGAAAACGCGAGGUUGUUGGGGUAUAAGAAUCACGCCGACUUUCGCAUUGAGCAGAGGACUGCCCCGUCUACGGAAUGGGUUGAGAAUUUCCUCCGACGGAUGUGUGAGGAUUUGUUCCCGCAGGGGAAGAAGGAGAUCAAGAGGCUCCAGGAAAAGAAAAGCAGCCAUCUCAGUACAGAUAUGGAGAAGACGAAGAUUCUACCCUGGGAUUACACCUACUAUACCCGUAUCCUAGAGGAAGAGGCAAAUGUUGACCAGGUGUUGAUAUCAGAGUAUUUUCCUCAAUAG